AUGGCGACCCUGGCUGAGAAGGACGACACCGAAGAUAUAAGAUCGGUUCCUGUAAGUGGUAACACAGAGCAGGGACAGAUCCCUGCAGACAAGCUAGAUGACCUGCUGGGCUGGGAUACAGCAGUUGAAAACCCUCUGAAUUGGCCUACAUGGAGAAAAAUGGUUCUUUUGGCUGCGAUGGCCUCCUCAGCCAUCACCGCGUCCAUAUCAAGCUCUAUCGUUAGUCCCGCUCAUACGGCCUUUAUGCAAGAAUUUCAUAUCAACAGCACGGUUGCGGUCCUCCCUAUCACUUUGUACACCUUUGCAUUAGGGUUCGGACCAGUUCUUGGUGGCCCACUCUCCGAGACUGUAGGCCGAUACCCUGUGUAUCUGGGAUCGAUUAUUUGUGGCUCCGCGUUCACUAUAGGGACGGGUUUUUCUCGCAAUUUCGGAGAGCUACUUUUCUUUCGGUUUAUGGCUGGCUUUUCUUGGGCAUCGAUUCUCGCGGUAGGCCCAGGCUCCAUGUCCGAAACAUUUCACCCAAAGGCUCGUGGCCCUGUAUCAGCUAUCUUCAUUCUCAAUCCCUUUCUAGGACCAGGUCUUGGACCUGUAAUAGGUGCGUUCGCAGUGACCGGCAAGAGUUGGCGCUGGUCUCAAUGGGCAGUCCUUUUCUUCGCUGCUUUGACUCUCUUCUUGACGCUCUUCGCAAAGGAAACAUUUCACCCUAUUCUCAAACGACGUCUGGCCAAAAAGAGGGGCCUAGAAGUGCCAGAAAAACCGAGAGCCAUGGCCAGAAUACAGCAAUUUGCCGUGGUAGGCCUUUUACGACCUAUUCGGAUGCUAUUUUUGGAACCAAUCGUGUCUUUUACUUGUCUUUAUGUCUCCUGUGCUUUCGGCACUUUGUAUGGCUUCUUCACAGCUGUGCCUUACACAUUUAUCACAGUAUAUGGCUUCACCAUUGACCAAUACGGUCUUGUCUUCCUGUCCAUUCCCAUCGGUUGUGUUUUCGGAAUUAUCACUGUAAUAUUGUGUGAUAUUUUUAUCUACAGGAAGCAGAUACCUAAACAUCCACCACACAGCGUCCCGCCAGAAUAUCGCCUUUUCCCUGCUAUGAUAGGAAGUUUCGGACUGCCUCUUGGUCUUUUCUGGUUCGGAUGGACUGCAAAGGGCGAUAUAUCCUGGGCAGUCCCUGCGGCCGCUAUCAUAUCCUUUGCAUUUGGAAACAUCUGCGUGUUCGUCUCUACUGUGCAAUAUAUAACAGAUGCAUACCAUGGGAACGUUGUGGCCAGCGCUGCUAGCGCAAACAGUCUAGCACGCUACACAUUUUCUGGCGUUUUUCCUCUGUUUACAACUCAAAUGUACAAAGGACUUGGAAUAGACUGGGCUAGUAGCUUACUAGGCUUCGUUACGUUGGCCCUUUUACCUAUACCUUGGGUAUUUUUCAAGUUCGGCCCAAGCCUUAGGGCUAAGAGCCGGUACUAG